UUGCUGCCUGGGAGAUAGGGCUCCUCCCCAAACAUAAGCUUCAAGACCUUGUAGUCGCCACAGGCCUGUUCCUUUCCCUCUGCCUCUGGCUUUUUCAUCCUCUGCCUGCCAUUCUGCAGGAUUCUCUUGCAGACAGCAACCAGGUCCCAUCACUAUGCCCUCCUCCGGGCAGCCAGGGCUCCUGCCCUGUGGGUCCUGUGGCAUGGCUUUUCGCUCUGGGGCCUUGCUGGCCACUCACACCCGGCGCUUGUGCAUUGGUUGCUUCACUUCUCCCUGACCUCAGGUUGUGUCUCAAGAACCUGGAAGCAACUCACGUCAAGGGACCAGCGAGUCUGCUCUAAGGAGUUUAACAGAACAGGUGCAUUCCUUGAGGCAGGCGCUGCAGGAGCUGCGGCCCCGGGCUCCACAAGCCGCCCCCGAGGCGGCCAGCAGCCUGGGCGAGCGGCUGCGUGCGCUGCAGGGGACUCACGCCCAGCGCAUGGUGGACAUGGAAGCACAGGCCCGGGUCCUGCAGCGCUGUGGGGAUGAACUGAAACAGCGGCUUCAAGCUGUAGCCCUGGCCCGGGACAGAACAUGGCACCUGUUCGGCCUGGAGCAGGAGCUUCGAGAACUUAGGGCCGAGGCCUGGAGGACACAGGGGGUGCUACAGGCCCUGGGGGCGCGUGUUGAGGAGCUACAGCCCAAGAUGGGGACGGGGCUGCGGGCCUGGCCAGAUGUUGAACUCUGUUUCCCGCGGCUGCCAGCCAACCCAGGAACCUUGGCCGCCGAAAUCGGGGCCUUCCGUGAAGCCUACAUGCAAGGUGGAGGUCGGGACCCUAGUGUUCUGGCCAAGAUACAUCAGUUGCAAAUGGAGGCCUCGGCACUGGCGCUGCGGCGGUCGCAGAACCACAAGGAAAAAUCAAGUGCCACUUCCAGGGAUCUUCUAGUAAUGGAAGCUGAAAACCAGCGCCUGGAGGCAGAAAUUCUGGCCUUGCAGAUGCAGAGGGCUCCUGGUCGCACAUACUGGGAUUGGGGACAGCCAAGAGUUGUAGCAGAUCUCAGUCCACUCCUGAGGGGGAGGGGAGAUCCCCCAAUCCUCCCUCCACCUGCGGCACCCCCGCUGCCACCAUUUCCAGGUCAUUCUUCCCCACACCAGCUGCUUCCUGGAACCGUGACCAAGCACCGGUGGCUGGAUCCAAACUCCCUGUUGCCUGCACCUGAUGUUCUGGGCCCUGCACCCUAUGACCCUGGGGCUGGCCUUGUCAUUUUCUAUGACUUCCUGCGGGGCCUUGAGGCUUCUUGGAUUUGGGUACAGCUAGUGACUGGCUUGGCCAGAGAUGGACAGGAUACAGGAGGAACCACCGCGCUGCCCCCAGCUGUCUGCUUGCCUCCUCCCCCAGCUCCUGGACCUAUGGGCAAUUGUGCCAUCCUUGCCAGCAGGCAACCUGUACCCAGGUUACCCCCAUCACCAUCUGUAUCUUUAGUCUGUAAACUCCAGGCCUGUCAGGGAGUGGAAUGGGCCAGGGCACAACCAAAAGCUUGGACCUCACUAGCACUAUUUGACCAGAACCGGCGAGUGCUAAGUGGCCGCUGGCGCCUCCCACUUCGAACCCUUCCCUUGGACUCCAGUCUCAGCCUUGGGCAGCUCAAUGGAAUUCCCCAGGCCGGUCAGGCUGAGCUCUUUCUACGGCUGGUGAAUGCAAGAGAUGCAGACGUCCAGGCAUUGGCAGAGAUCAACCCAGUAAAUGCCCAGGAGUACCACUACCCACCAAUGGUGCCCAGCUCAUCUCCACCGGAAGCGCAUUCCCUUGCCCCCAAUGCUGGCUUUGUGGACCCGGCACCCUCAGCAGAGCUUUGUCAGAAUCAAGGUUAAAAACAAGCCUGAGCCCCCACCACAGCUUUGACCAAC